AUGGGCCAACCGACAUGUGGAAAUGAAGCACUACCACCCAGAUUACGACAUCGCGCUUCCUUAGGCAUCAGUGAACGGGACGACGUGUUAGAAGUGCUAGAUCCUCUUUCUGCAGUGUCUCUCAGAAAGCAUCCUCUUUCAAGUGUUUCAACUGUCCCACUCGACCAAAAUUUCAUGGCACGCAUGGAACAAAUGGAGAUAUUGUAUUUGGAAGCACCUUUUGCUGAUCGUUCACGAUGCGAUCAGAUGGUAGCGAAGUGCAGAGGUGAUAUUGCGAGUGCUCUCCGCGAAUUGAAAGUCAAACACCUUAUUGAUACCAGGAUUGCGGAUGACAGAGAAAAAGCACGUAAAGCUCUUGAGUCAAGUUCAUGGGAUCUCAAUGCUGCAGCAGAAUUUCUACUGAUGACUGCUUCGAGCAAAAAGUGA